AUGGUGGGGAUUGAAGGGAUUGUUGAGGGGAAUGAUGGCAAUGGCGGGAGGGUUGUGGGCACCGUAGGCAAUGUGGAUUUUGGCAAAGAUGGGAUUUGGGGUAGGGAGGUUGGCAAUGGGGGCAGAGUAGUUGGGAGAGUAGGCAAUUGGGUAGAGGGCAACGGUGGCAACGUGGCUGGCUUUGGCAGAGUUGGAGCAGUUGGAAGCGUAGGCAAUGGGGUUGAGGGAAGUGGAGGCAAUGUGGUCUUGGGCAGAGUUGGGGCAGUUGGAAGUGUAGGCAAUGGGGUUGAGGGAAGUGGAGGCAAUGUGGUCUUGGGCAGAGUUGGGGCAGUUGGAAGUGUAGGCAAGGUGUUUGAGGGCUUGGGAAGUGUUGGCAGUGAAGGCAAGGGGGGCAGCUGA